CUUCUCAGAAUGGGCCACUGCAUGUUGUCAAAGUAAAAACAGGUAGAGCAGUUAAUUUUUCUUCACUCUGAUUGGCCAAAGUAACCACAAACAAGCCAUACUACCAUAGCUUACCUCACGUGAGCACAGCCCACACGGGCUGAUAUAAAGCCUUGUUCCUGAGAAUGUGCAGACAGUAACAGGCAACACAUCGCAGGUGAUUUGAAUUUUUAUCAAAGAAUAAGAUUUGAGAUGAUUCAAGUUUCAAGAUCUCCUGAGUUCUCCAAUUGCGGAAAUAUGAAUUCAGUCUCGUUCCACACUGAUCAGGACCUGGGCGCCCUGGCUGGAGGUAGAAGCAGGCAGCGGUCCCACUCCUAUUACAGUCGGGAGGACUGUAAGAACUAUGGUGUGCAGAUGCAGGCAGAGGAAACCUUUUUAAGACCUCGCUCCAGGUCCUUUUACAGUGUGGAUACAUCAGACCUUGACUCCAACCAUGAUACAGCAAACUCCUCCAGUCCUCUAAAGCAGAAGGCAAACUCCCUACUGCAGUAUCAAGUGAACAAAAAGGAAAACAAGAAGUCCAGGCCGAAAACGAAUAAGCCCUCUCCAUCAAGAGAACUCAGUGGCAGUAAAGGCAAUCUGAAGUCUGUGUCCAUGAUCACCAUUUCUGAGUCAGACAACUGGGAAAUAAGCUCCAGCUCAGGGAUGAAGUACGGACAGUUUGUGGACUGGGAGAAGAUUGAUCCCGAAGCGGCUACUAGAUAUCAGCAGAUCCUAAAGAGUGAUCACCAGCAGAUGAAAACUAUGGGCAGAGAAGGUUUCUGGGAAAUGCCCCAUACACUCAGAGCCAAAGCUUACUAUCACAUCAUCCACAGCAUCAAUUCCAUAGGGACAGUCGCUCCGGACAGAGAGGUCUACUAUGAAUUGUCCAAAAAUCUCUUUGGAGAGCAGAAAAUCAGCAACCAUCCUGUGCCUGAGUACAUGGAGGCAGGAGAAAUACCCAGAUACUGUCUCAACAAAGUAGGCCUGAAUUCCGUCAAAAAGAUCCUCCUCUGCCUCGGUAAAUACUUCCCAGCCAUGAACUUCUGCCCCAUCCUGCCUGAGCUGGUCUCACUCCUCCUCCACUUCAGCCAAGACGAAGCUGAGUGCUUCCACAGUGUGUCCCGACUUAUCUGCUACAAAGAUCCCAACAAGCGCUACAUCGACCAGACCUUCCUCACCUACCGCGCCUCCUGUAUGACUUUUGGUGACCUUGCGAAUAAGUGCUGCAGAGGCAUCCGAAAACUGAUUGCCAGCUCUCACCAGAACCUCUUUGAGUUCUACUCUGACUGGAUCAUGUGGAUAUUUGCUGACCUUCCUUUCACGUACGCCAUCAGAGUGCUGGAUGUCUAUCUACUAGAGGGCUACAAGGUGCUCUACAGGUCGGCUCUGGCUUUGCUCGGCCUCUACAAAGUAUCUGUUUCAUCCAGGGUGGCAGACGUGGAGGACUUCAGAACAGAUAUGAAGAGGUUUGUGCAGAACAUAGCUCGCCACUGCACAGCUGAGAAGCUUUUGGAAAUGGGUUUCAUGAUUCCAAUGGCCACACGCAGAGAGCUCAACCUCCUGUUCAACGCCAACAAAGACUCUCUAAUGCAAAAAGGGGUCAGCAUACAUCAGAAGAGGCAGUCAGUCGAGACCGUGGACUUCAACAACAUCACCUCCAAUGUAGUGACAGCAACUGAGAUGAGAGUGGUCUGGGCCUGGAUACCUGAGCGCUUUGCACUUUUCAGCCCAAUUAGGCUCUUCAGUACUGCGGAACAAAAAAGGAGUCUUGCUUCAUUCUACUCACAUGUGGAGGGACACGAGCCUGCAGUCUUGAUUAUCAAAACAGUGGAUGAAGAGGUCUUUGGGGCCUUCCUCUCAACAGAUAUGAUUGAAAGAAGAAAGCAUGAUUCCGUUGGACUCACAUAUUUUGGAACUGGGGAAUGUUUUGUUUUCACGCUUCGUCCCAGCAUGGAGCGCUACCAGCAGGCCAUGGUUAACAUCAUGACCAGGAGAGCUUCCCCUCAGCAGAUUCAAGCCAGCAAUGGUGCCUCCUCUGAGGUACCCAUUACUGGUUGGUGCCACACAAACUUAACUACAAGCACCACGACUCUAACCUGUCCCGCUGGUACCCCCCAGGAUCCCAGUUACCUGACAGUCCCCUUUACUGCCCCCUCAGAGGAACCCAUGACUGCCAAGGAGCCAAAGAGACCCAAGGAACAGGAAGCCUCCAUGUUCAUAGCAGGCAGUGACAGUCAGCUUGUUAUUGGUGGUGAUGGUGGCCAUGCACUAUGCCUACAGGAGGAUCUAAUGGGAGGAUACUCAGAGCCUUGUGACACAUUCAAGAGCAACUCACUGUUCAAGGGACAUUUCAAGAUCCAGGCACUAGAAGUGUGGGGCAUCCAGAACUCCAUUUCCUUUUCUCACAGUGUUCCCUCUGGUGACACAGUGGGAGAACUAAAAUGAGACUUGUGUCUUUUAGACCGGCUGAAGAUUUUCUGCGCGGGAUUUUAAUUGGCUUGAUUAUUCUGUGAAAUGCAUGCAUACACUGUGAAGCUGAUAUUGCGUGAGAUAUGACUUGUUUAAGUGUCAUCUUGUCUUUUUUAUCAUUUGGAAACUACCUUAUCAGAUGAAUCUAUUUACUUUAUUGUUUUCCUAACUUUUUAGGUUUAUCUGUAUCUUGUACAAAAUAAAGUGUCAUGCAGCUUGAAUUAUAUAAUGUCAGCUAAAUGUCUUAAAACUUAUUUAGAUAUGUAACUUUAAGGAUAAUAUUUUUAUACUGUGUAUCUAAUGGGUUAUAUUGUAACUUACUGUCUGACUGGAAAAAUGAUGAGCUCAGAAUCUCAAAAUUUAAAUACAUAUAGGUGUUUUUUAAUAAAGUGCGUAUAGGUCAAUAAAUAUAAGCAGCUAUUUUUUUGUUGUUACAAUGAUAAGAUAGCUUUUGAAAAUGUUUUGUAUCUUGUCAAAAGCACUGGCACAGUCCUUGCUACCAAAUAAAUUCAUUAU